AUGUAUCCCGGUAUCCCAGGGUACCCCGGCCUACCAGGACCCUCCGGCAGCCCAGGUCCCAGGGGUUUCGCGGCCCCGAGGGAAUCAAGGCCAAAGGGCGAACCGGCAACCGUCCCCUCAGGUCAGAUCAAGGGCGAGAAGGGGAGAGCCAGGGGAGAGACGGUCCAGGGGCUCCAGGGGCCCAUUGGACCCGCCGGCCCCAGGGGAGGCGAUGGCUUCAGGGGAGAAAC